AGGUCGCAGGUCUGCAGUCGGCUGUUGUCGGUCGCGUCAAUUGACGUCACAAAUGAUAAAAUCGUCAGCGGUCACCGCUUACAAUAAAAGGCUGGUUUUGUGUUAUCCUCGUUAGUAUACUUUGUGUUUGUGAGCUGCGCGCGAUUUGCUUAAUUUAUGUAGAGGAAACAGAUAUGCUACGAUAAAAAUAAAUAACCGGUUAACAGUCUAGUAACCGGUACAAGUUUCCUUGUAUAUCGCAGUCUGCUCACAUUCGCAUCGGCCGUGGACAUGCUCGUAUAGCAAAAACUAAAUAAUAAUUUGUUUAAUUCAUUUUGUGAGUACCAACCUACUCAAUAUGAAGUGUGUGUUAGUGAUUGUAUUAUGUAUUGUAUCAUGUUAUUGUGACGAUUUACCUGCGAAAGUAAGAAACGGGCUAACCGAGAAGAUUGGAAACUUUUCUAUCGAACUGUUAUACCACACGUCGAAAUCUCAACCCGAAAAUCAAAAUUUGGUGUUGUCGCCUAUCACAGUGUGGACGGCAUUGGCUGUGAUCUCCGAAGGCGCUACUGGCAAUACGAGACGUGAAAUUAACCACGCGCUACGUAUAACAAACAGGAAUAAAAAUGUAACUCGCGCUAACUACCGUGAAAUAUCCAAUUGGCUUGUGGUCAAGACAAAAACAGUGGAACUUGCAAAAAUCAAUGCAAUAUUCGUUGAUCAGCAACGUUUACCUCAAGAGGACUUCAUCGCCAUCGCUAAAGAAAUCUACGACACCAACAUGGUGCCGCUUAAGUUCGAGGAAGCUGACGUCGCCGCGGAUGUCAUCAAUAGACAAAUUUCGAACGUCACGCAUGGCCGCAUCAAGAACAUAGUUAACAGCGAGAGCUUCAAAGAAAGCAAAAUGAUAUUGACGAGUGCAUUGUACUUCAAAGCGCAGUGGACUGUGCCUUUCAAUGCGUCGUCGACGACAAAAAUGCCAUUCCAUGACAGUUAUGGUAAGAAAAUCGGUGAAGUCAACAUGAUGUAUAACAGACAAAUAUACCCAUUCGCAAAUAUGAGACAACUACAAGCCAGAGUGAUAGAGCUUCCAUACGGUUCAGAAAAUAGACUAUCUAUGAUCAUAAUGCUGCCAAACCCAGGCGUCUCUGUAGAGGAUAUGUUUUUAAAUUUUAAAACUUUUACCUUAGAUAAUUUUUUCGAGGAAAUGCGUUUGAGUUCUGAAGAGUUUGGCGAUGAUGAGAUAGAUUGUUUCCUUCCAAGAUUCAAAAUUGAGGCAGAUUUGGAUAUGAGUGAAGUUUUACAGAAUGCCAUGGGCAUUCAAGCCUUGUUUGAUCAGAAUAAAGCUACGUUGCCAUACAUGGCUCGUACUCCAAUGUAUGUUUCCAAAGUUUUACAUAAAGCCGAGAUUGAAGUGACCGAAGAAGGCACAGUAGCCUCUGGUGUCACUAUUGCUGAGUUUAGUAACCGCAUUGGCAUUAUUAGGUAUGAAGUGAACAGGCCAUUCUCAUAUAUAAUUGUAGAAAAAGUUACAAAUACUAUUGUCUUUGGAGGAAUAUACAAACAACCUUUUCUUUACUAAACAAAGUUGAGUUUAGUCAACAUAAGUUUGUACCAUUUUCAAAUAUUAAACAUUUGAAACUAUCCAUGAAUGGUAUGAUUAGUGCAUAUUUAAUAAUUCAAUAAGUUGAUCCACAUUGAAUCUCUUAGUAUAUACUUAUAAGUAAAAGAAUAGGCAUUCUUUUGGUGUAAAACAAUUUUUUAUAUAAAACAGUUGCUUAAAUAUUUGUCGAGUUUUACACCAUAUUGUGUCCUAUUCAUUCUAUUGUCCAAUAUUUAAAUACUCUCAUACUAUAUACUGUGAAGCAAUACAAAACAGUUGCAUCACACAAGGUAAAAUUAAUUUUCCUGUUGACAACUUGAAUACUGGGAAAAUACAACUUGUGAUAAUAAAACGUGGGCUGCCUGGAUUUUACAUUUAUUUGUGAUAUAUAUUGCCCAAAUAGAGAAUAUUUAUUAGCCAAUCAGCAGUCUUCCCACCAAAAAUAAACUAAAAAAAAUAUUUUAAACAUGUAAUGUUAACUGCCAUGUUAAACAUGUGAAUUGUGAUUUUAUUGUAUUCAAGUCAUUUAUACCUCAAUUAUUAUUUUUUUUUGUUAUAAGCAUGGCAUUUAGCAUGUUAUGAAAAAUGUAAUGUAUAAAAUAUAAAAAUAACAAAAAGAAAAAAAUAAAAAAUAAAAUUUGGGCAACCUUUUUUCAAGGUUGAUAACCUGUAAUUCUGAACAUAUACAAAUUGAAAAUAUACUCUGUGAUACUAAGCAAAACAUAAGUAUUGAAAGUUUGAUGUCUAUGUCUAAUUGGAUAAAAAAAAUACAAAUAAAUUGAGAAAAUCCUCCUUUCGAACUUUGUUAAAAUCCUAUUUCAUAUAUCAGGUGGCCCAAUUAACUAAGGUGUCUAACAGAGCUUUAUUUUUAAAUAUGUGUUAUUUAUUUCUAAAUUCUAUUUAUAAGAUUUUGUUAGUUUUAAGGUCUGAAGACUGCAGCUAAAUACUCUGUAAUUAUAAGCAAUUUUUGACUGAUAUUUAACCUUCUUAAGAGCAUUUUAUUCAGUGUUGCCAUUUUUUGUCUCUCUUACUUAUAAAGUAGGCAUUAAGCUAUGUGACAAAAUAACUCACUGUUUUAAAAUGUUUAUAAGUUGGAAGUCAUUAAUAUAAUAAUAAAUGUUCUCUAUAUUUUCUCAUGUCCUGCAUUUCUCAUGCUCAAAAAAAAAUAACAUGUAUUUUGAUAAUUCUUAAUUUAAAAUAAAUUAACAUGUCUUUAGAUAUAAGUCACACACACUAUUCAAAUAAGUAAAACACUUUAAAAUAAGGGCUCUCUAUAAACAUAUUGAAUCAAUAAUAUGUAAAACAGUUUUUUGAAACCGUUCUUGUACAUUUAUAUUGAUAUGCUGUCUCUUGGACUUGUCAAAUCAUUUGACUAAGCAAAAAGAAGACUUGAAUUUUAAGAAUGUUUAUUAUAGGGGAGUGACUAUAAUUAGAAGUUACACAUACGCAUUUUGUAAUAUAGUGAUGUCUAUAGAAAGAGUAAUUUAUUCAGAGAAUGAGAAAUGCAGGGCAGAUUUGGCAGCCCACAAUACUUGUUGAAAAUGUGAUUUGUACCCAUUCAAUGAUACAAGAAAUAAAUUUGUUACCUACA